AUGGAGAUCCUCCAACAAAAGCCCACCAACUACGCCAUCCACACCAGCCCAGCCAACGACCUGCGGCUAGUGGAAUGCGAGAUUCCCAAGAUCGCACCAACCGAGUGCCUAGUGCACGUCCGCGCGACCGGCAUCUGUGGCUCUGAUGUUCACUUCUGGAAACAUGGCCAUAUCGGACCCAUGAUCGUGACGGGCGACAACGGCCUAGGGCACGAGAGUGCCGGCGUGGUACUGCAAGUCGGCGAGGCCGUUACACGCUUCAAGCCUGGUGACCGCGUCGCUCUCGAAUGCGGUGUCCCCUGCUCCAAACCCACCUGCGACUUCUGCCGAACAGGUCUCUACCACGCCUGUCCGGACGUGGUCUUCUUCUCCACACCCCCGCACCAUGGUACUCUGCGCAGAUACCACGCCCACCCUGAAGCCUGGCUCCACAAGAUCCCCGACCACGUUUCCUUCGAAGAGGGUUCUCUCCUCGAGCCACUGACCGUCGCGCUGGCGGGUAUUGAUCGCUCCGGAUUACGACUCGCUGAUCCACUCGUUAUUUGCGGAGCAGGGCCCAUCGGUCUGGUCACCCUACUUGCCGCCAACGCUGCUGGCGCUGAGCCCAUCGUAAUCACCGACCUCGAUGAAAACCGUCUUGCAAAGGCAAAGGAGCUGGUUCCCCGCGUCCGACCGAUCAAGGUAGAGAAGGGCGAGAGCUCGGCGGAUCUUGGUCAACGGAUUAUAUCCGAGCUGGGACAGGAAGCGAAGCUUGUGAUGGAGUGUACGGGUGUGGAGAGUAGUGUGCAUGCUGGUAUCUAUGCAACCCGCUUCGGAGGCACCGUGUUCGUGAUCGGAGUCGGAAAAGACUUCCAGAACAUCCCGUUCAUGCACAUGUCCGCCAAGGAAAUCAACCUCAAAUUCCAGUACCGGUACCAUGAUAUUUACCCCAAGUCAAUUGCUCUGGUCGCUGCGGGUAUGAUUGAUCUCAAGCCGCUGGUGUCGCAUCGGUACAAGUUGGAGGAGGGGUUGCAGGCGUUUGAUACGGCUAGUAAUCCCCGUUCGGGGGCGAUUAAGGUGCAGAUUUUGGAUGAUUAA